UUGUGGUUGUGGUAACUAGUGGAAACCCACAACACCCCCAAGUUACACCGGAACCAAACAAGAGCGCGUGCGCAGCUGCGCAGUCACCCUGCAAACAUGGCGGUUCUUCUUGAAACAACUUUGGGUGAUAUCGUCAUUGAUUUAUUCACAGAAGAAAGGCCUAAAACGUCCCUGAAUUUCCUGAAGUUAUGCAAAAUCAAAUUCUACAAUUACUGCCUCAUCCACAAUGUCCAGAGAGAUUUUAUUGUGCAGACUGGAGAUCCCACUGGGACUGGCCGUGGUGGAGAAUCUGUCUAUGGUAAACUAUAUGGAGACCAGGCCCGCUUCUAUGAUGCAGAGAAAAACCCACGGAUCAAACACAGAAAGAAGGGGAUGGUGUCCAUGGUGAACAAUGGCAGUGACCAACAUGGUUCUCAGUUCCUGAUCACCACUGGUGAGAACUUGGACUACCUGGAUGGGGUCCACACUGUGUUCGGAGAGGUGUCAGAGGGUAUGGACGUCUUGGCCAAGAUCAAUGAGACCUUCGUUGACAAGGAUUUCAUCCCUUUUCAGGAUAUCAGAAUAAACCACACUGUGAUCCUGGAAGACCCUUUCGAUGACCCUGCUGACUUGCCCGUGCCUGACCGCUCCCCUGAGCCUACCAAGGAACAGCUGGAUAGUGGUCGUAUUGGAGCUGAUGAAGUGAUCAACGACACAGAUGGGAAGAAGGCUGAGGAGCUGGAUGAGCUGCUGAAGGAGAAGGAGGCCAAGACACAGGCUAUCCUGCUGGAGAUGGUGGGUGAUCUCCCUGAUGCGGAAGUGAAACCUCCUGAGAAUGUGCUGUUUGUGUGUAAGCUAAACCCUGUGACCACAGAUGAAGACCUGGAGAUAAUUUUCUCCCGCUUCGGACUUAUUAAGUGCUGUGAGAUCAUCAGAGACUGGAAGUCAGGAGAGUCUCUGUGCUAUGCUUUCAUCGAGUUUGAAAAGGAGGAGGACUGUGAAAAGGCCUUCUUCAAGAUGGACAAUGUGCUCAUAGAUGACAGGCGCAUACACGUGGACUUCAGCCAGUCUGUUUCAAAGAUCAAAUGGAAAGGCAAAGGUGGAAAGUAUACCAAGGAUGACUUCAAGGCCUAUGAAAAAGACGCAGGAUCCAAAUUAGCUCUUAAGGAUAAAGUCAAACCUAAGCAGGACUCCAAAUACGACCUGCUUUUAGAGGAAGAGGAAGAAGGAACAAGCCAUCAGCAUGCUGAGAAGAAACACAAGGAUAAGAAACACAAUCACUCAGAUGACGAGGACACCAGGAAAUCCAAGAAAUCCAAGUGGAACAGUGAGGAGCCCAGGCGGGAGAAAAAGACAGACCGGCAGCAUUCACGCUCCAGGGAAAGAGACCGCCACCACAAGCACAGCAAGUCCCGUGAAAAGCACCGCCCAGAGAGGAGCCGCAGUCGCUCACCCAAGAAGUCUAAAGACAAGGAGAGGAGCAGACACCGAUGAUGAGAGAGGGAGAGGAACAGGGUUGAGGCCAAUUCCAUUUCAAUUCCCCAUCCAUAUACUUAAUUGGAAAAUCAUCUUUGAAAAAUAAAUGUCAGUUCAUUUCAUGAAUUGACUAAAUUGAAAUGGAAUUGGACCGCCCUGAUACCUGUCACUGUGGCCCCUACUACCCCAACACCACCCAUGUCUGAGAGAGCAGCACUAGGGACUCGGCCCUCACAUUACAUGGGGGGGGGAUAUCCUGGGAUGUUUACCCCAAUUACCUGGAAGUAACACAGUGUUACAUAACCUGAGAACACUGCUCAUUAUGAAUAAUAAAACAUUUCAGACUGAACUGCUCGAUUCCUAUAGGGCAACAUUCUGUAUUUAGGUCUACACAGCAUUUUCCAAAUCAAUCUCCAUACACACAUCAUAACUAAGUCCCCAGUCAGUAACGUUCUAUAAGUAUAUUUGUAUUUUGGUUUGACUUAUACCCCAUCGCCCUUUCUGUUUAUUAAUGGGCAGGUGAAUGAUCCCCCCCAUGUUUGUCCAUAUUUUAACCUUUUUUUGACUCGUUUUUUUCCCAGCUUUUGUACAGAAAAUACAUGUACCCAGCUAACAAAUAUUCCCACAAUUUUAACCCUCAGACACAUGAAUGUUCUUAAAACGCAUCUAGAACAUUGUAUAUUCUGAGAAUAUUGUAACCACGUUCUAGAUAAGUAAUGUUUUACAUUAAAUGAACAUUCUCAACUUUAACACCAAAACAUGCUAAAGAUGUUUUAAGAAGGUUUUUGCUAACAUAGAAUGUUCCAUCAACUAACGGAAAACUAGACUCUCAAACAUUAGGGGAACAUCAUGGGUAAUAUUACAAAAACGUUAUCUGUACCUAGAAUUGUUAGCUGGGUAGUGGGCAUGGAAAGCGUGAGUUGUCUGUAUGCACUGCAGAGGAGAUUCCCUGUGUCAUCCUCCCCAUUAGUUCAAGCCGUUUGUCAAUGAAAUAGCAUGAUUUUCAUGACUUCUGACUUGCCUUGGAUUCGACCAGUGGUUUCUCGCCUUCUCGCGACUUGUAUUUGCAGUUGGACUAGAUAGGGUACUAUGGCAAGGAAAAUAUUAGCAGCACUGGAUGCGCAGAGCAACAAGGGUUCUGUUAUCUGGCAGUGAAAGGGCACGCCACACCCAGCACACGUAGUUUAUAUCAGCUGGUGAGGAUUGUGGGCAGGCAAGCUCUGCUCCGGCAAUCAUAGGCUACACAUCGCAGAGGCGACUCUCUUGAUUCCCCAUAACCACCAGUCACCAGCCUACUAUUUCGUUUUGCCUGGUUAGGAAACACAAACUGUUUAAGGAAUUGAAAACAACACUACUAUUGAGUUUAGUGGUAAAACAACAGUCUAGCUAUUUGUCUCCCCUUGAUUAUAGACAAAUAUGCUGUCUUUGAAAUUGUCGUCUCGUUCUACCCACCUCCAACUUCUCCCCUGCAUCACUUCGCCAAGUCUCCCUUUAGUUUUUACUCUGAAAUAAAAAACCUACAGAAAUAUCAGUGGGCGAUUACAAAUAAUUAGCUGAGAGCCGGACUUACCAUUCAUAUAUGUAGUAAAUGAGUAGUUAAACAGGUAUUGUGUAGAACUUGUGAGGUAAUGACUAACUAGUACAAUAGUUGUUGUUUUUCAUGAGGGAGUGGCGAUAUACUGCCAUCGGUGGCGACUAGAAACAAUUGUAUAAUAAGAUCUAUUAUAAAUUGAUGGACUUGACCAUUGGUGACUUGUACUCGACUCGGACUUCGGCCAUAGGGUAUCGUGACUCGACUCUGACUCAAGCACAGGGGACUUGACUCGGGCUCGAGGUUUAGUGACUCGACGACAACACCGAUGAUUACUCACCUUCCAACUCCCUGAGUGAUAUGAGAAGUUGGAGGCAGCCAUGCAGGAUGAAAGUUGUGUGGGCUACAUUAAUAAAUGAGGUAUCCUA